GUCGAUUCAAGGGUCAGAUUUUGAUGCCAAACAUCGGUUACGGCUCAUCCAAACUGACCCGUCAUAUGCUGCCCAAUGGGUUCCGCAAAGUCCUGGUCCACAACGUGAAGGAACUGGAGGUGUUGAUGAUGAUGAACAGGCGCUACUGUGCAGAGAUCGCGCACUCCGUGUCUUCGAAGAAGCGCAAAGAUAUCGUCGAAAGAGCCAAACAGUUGGCGAUUAGACUCACGAAUCCUAACGCGAGGAUCAGAAGCGAAGAGAAUGAGUAGACUUUGAAUGGGAUUUGAUUUUUGGUUAUUUAAUAAAACUAAGAGUUUUUGAUUAAAACAAUUA